AUGUUCUUAUUGAAUGGUUUUGAUUUUUUAAAUAGGUCAACUAAUGGUGGUGGUGGCUCAACACCAGCUGCUGGUGCUGGCGGUGGUGGUUCAAAACGUCUAGCUCAACAACAGGCACAAGUAGAUGAAGUUGUGGAUAUAAUGAGACAAAAUGUUGAUAAGGUGUUAGAACGUGACAAAAAUUUAUCACUUCUUGAUGAUCGAGCUGAUAAAUUACAACAUAAUGCAGCUCAAUUUGAACAACAUGCUGGAAAAUUAAAACGAAAAUUUUGGUUAAAAAAUAUGAAGAUGAUGAUUAUUAUGGGAAUAAUAGGCACUAUUUUAACUAUAGUGGUAAUAGCAUGGAUUUAUUCGAAAGUAAAAGCAGUUACACCUACUCCUCCACCUGCUGAUGUAACAACAGCUGGUCCAUCAAUAAAUGAUGAAUCGUUUAAAGUAGCUGGUGGUUCAAUGGGUAUACCAGGUGGAGAAAAAUUAACAUCAAAACGUCAUAGACAACGAAAAAAGACGACAACAACAGCAAGUAUUCUAGUCAGCUCAACAGUAGCAUCAAAAGAUGAAGAUAAUGGAUCUACAAAUGGGGCAGAUACUUCAAAAGCAGUUAUUAAAAGAUUUAUUCGUACGCUUAUACAAUAG